AUCCCAUCCAGCUGUCUGUGAACAUCGACUGCCAUCUCCAAGCUGCAAAAUGAGAGGUGGGCAUCUCUAGGGUUUCCUAUAUGACAGGGAAGGAUACUGAAGAUUUAGGCUCCAGAGUGGUUGAAUGAGGACAGAGGAGUUAAGCUUUUGGUCUAGAGUAGCCAAGGGGGUGCACAACUCCUGUCCUGGAGGGCAGCAGUCCUCCUGCUUUUUGUAAGGGGAAAUGGGCUCCGCUAGGGUACAAUUUAAAAUAUCACUGGAACAUGCUGCUAGAUCAGGUAGUCUAUGAGAGAUUCAAGUUACAACGACUAUUCCAUGGCUCUUACGUUUAUACUUUCCCUAUUCAAAUACAGUCUGUUUGGUUGUGAGUAGUGUUGAUUCUCUGCACGCACCAUUUGUCUUAGAUAGUGUAAUAAUAAUUUGUAAGUCGCUCUGGAUAAGAGCGUCUGCUAAAUGACGUAAAUGUAAAUGUAAUAGUGUGACGCUGCAGGUGUGUGUCCAGUAUAUGGAAGAGUGCAUACUGUGGUGUAACUGUGUGCUUUAGUCUCCAUCACUGUACCUAACAUGCUCUCUUCUCCUACAGCUACCGUACUGCUGUGCUUGCUGGGGGCCGCUCUGGCCAAUGAAUUCAGCUGGAAUAGCCCUGGAGAGACAACAAAGGACCCCAAAACAGAGAACUGUAAGGGAUAGAGAGAGUAGGAAGGGGUGAAAGGGAGACACUGAACACAUUGAGGAUGGCAAAGUGCAAGGAUAAUUGAGAACCACUGUCUAAUCCUUUGUCCUGUCUGUGUGUCUGUCCGUCUGUGUAUGUGUGUGUGUGUGUCUGUGUCCACACAGUGUGUCUGACGGACCAGGCCUCCUGCGGCUGCUGCCUGAUGCAGAAGCAGAUGUGGAGGAUGGAGCAGUUCUUCAACAUGAGUCUGAAUGAGCUGCAGAGGGGCCUGGAGAAGGCAAAGGCUGUGCUCAACAACGUCCGUGGUGAGACCACCUGACCGCAACCACUAUCAACCACCAUCUCCAUUACCACCUCAACACUGGCCAAUGUAUUACAUUCUGACUAGAAACCAAAUGGCUUGCUGUUAUUUUGUCUCAUUGUAUAUUUCAUUUCUCUAUCUAUCUCUUUCUCUCUCGCUCUUUCCAUCUACAGCUAGCCGCAGUGCCUUCUCCAUGGCCCUGACCAAUACACGCCGUUGCGAGGGCCCCUUCCGUGAAGCUAAGACCAUCGUCUACCAGCACAUCUUCAUCAACCUGGGCGAGGGCUACAACAACCGCACUGGCAUCUUCACUGUGCCCCGCUCCGGUGUCUACAGCCUGGCCCUGACCGUGUACAGCGACUCGGGCGCCCCCAGUGCCAAUCUGGCCGCCUGCGCCAUUCUGAUGGUGAACGGGCGCCAGGUGGCGGGCUGCAGCGAGCAGAACCAGCAGGACCAGGAGGACAGCACCAGCACGGUGAUGGCCGUCCAGCUGCAGGCCGGGGACAAGGUGUUCGUCACCCUGCCCAUCGGAUGCUUCCUGUGCGACGACCAGAGCCACUACAACACCUUUUCCGGCUUCCUGCUCUAUGCCAUCGACUAAGUCUAAGCUGAGGCUACCGCACCCCACCACCUUCGCCCUGUCUUUAACUCCUUUGCCCAGUCCUGCUUCUGGAAAGGAACUUGGAGCUGGUCUUCAGGCUCUGUGAUGAGAGUUUGAUCAGGGGCCAGCUCCUCUAGUGAAUGUCAAUCAGAACCCCAUCCAUCCUUCCAGUACCAGAACUAGGCUCCCCCCCAGCCUUGACCAUCCCCCCAACAACUUUGGGUUACAACUUCUUACCCAAUCAAGUUAACCAAUUAUGUAUUCUGUGAUGGGAAAAAAGGCAUUUGCAUGCGUUUGAGAAGAAAUUGAAAAUAAACCAUGAUUAUAC